AUGGUAGGCAGCCAUGUGUAUGAGAAGCGUCUUAUUGACAGUCGGCAAGUUUUUCUGGCUUCACGCGCAUUCCGCCUCGCUGGUCUUGCUGUCGGCCUCGGCUUGAGCGCCUUCGGUGCGUACCAACGUAGGCAAGGCCAGAUGGCUUCCGCGGGAUACCAUGAUGGGCGUCUGGAUGCGGCGGAGCGCGAGGUUGUAUACUGCCAUUCGUGCGCUUACGAAUGGCAUCGGGAUGAGUAUGGGCUAGAGUGUCCUUCUUGUGGGAGCGACAUUACAGAACUCGUCAGUUUGGAAAACGACCCGCGACCGGCCCUUGAAGAUGACUCCAACGAUUCCGAUGCCGACUCCGUACAUGCAUCAGAGACGUACAGACGUGUACAUGACGAUGAAGGCGAUUCCGACCCAGAAGUGGCCGACAUAGACGACCAUGUGGACCCAAACGGGUUUGGCCACGAUCAGUCGACGCAAGUAGGAGAGGAUGCGGAGCACCAUGAUGCACACCCCAGGCAGUCAGCAGAGAGGUUUCUCAGUAUUGUGUCGAAUAUCGGCAUGCCUCUCAGGGAAGUAGAGGGAGAUGGAGCCUUAAUGGACCGCCUGCGCGAGGCGUCCCGAAACGGCGGAGGACGUGUUGCGUGGGCCAACGACACUUCGCAGGGCUCCGUGACGUUCUACACAUCCAAUGCAACUUUCGCGUCGGGAGGAAAUGCACCAUUAGGCUUCGAGCCCUUUUCGUCCGCAUUCCGUGAUUUUGGUGUUCAACUCACAGGGGAAGCUCUCCAAGCGGCAGCUGCGCAAGGUAACGGCGAAGGUUCGGGCCUGGGGGGAAACCUCGCACAUAUUCUGAGUUUGCUCAACAAUGGCGUGCACGGAGAUGCUGUGUACUCGCAGGAGGCGUUCGACGGAAUCGUUUCCGUCCUGAUGGAUGCAAAUCAGCAAUCGAGUGCAGCACCACCGGCUUCGGAGCAAGGAUUGGCCAAUUUGCCGCGCAAGAUCAUCGAUGAGGAUUUGAAAAGCGAGGAUGGUAAUACGGAGUGCUCAAUUUGCCUUGACGGCAUGAAGGUUGCUGAGGUCACGGUAUCCUUACCUUGCAACCACUCGUUCCAUGAGGGAUGUGCCGUUGCGUGGUUGAAGGAGCAUAACACCUGUCCCGUGUGUCGUGCGCCGAUGGAGGAAAGUGCACGCAGCAGAAGUGCAGAAGAGCUCUCGCAACAGCAGUCACAGAAUCAAAAUGAGAGCCAGAAUCAGCGUCGAGGUGGGCAACGUCAUGUCCCGACGCCAACGGAUGCUACAGGUGAUGAAGGUGAGGUGCAGACAGGAGCAGCCGGAUCCGCGCAAUCAGCGUCAUCAACAUCUCAGCCGGCACUGGACAACGGAUUGAAUUCUAUGCCCGGGGUUUCGGUAUCAUCACGGCCACCAAACCAGAGCCAGACACGCCUCAACGAAGCUAUGCGCCUUCUCUCUUCGCAACGCGGUGAGCGAGAUAGAUCUCGCGGCCCCUCGGCUGGAUUCAGCUACGAUACCUCACGGCUGCAAAGACGUAGCUCAAUGUCGCCAACCGGCCCUAGGGUGGCCGUUGGUGAGGGGGCUAGGAGUAUGAGGGAGCGCAGUCCGUCGCAGAGCGGCCGGCAGACGCGCUCCAACCGGACGGGCUCUGGCGAAGAAGCCAAUACCGGCGCCGGCGCGGCGAUGGGCUGGCUUCGAGGGCGGUUUGUAGGCGGGAACGGCCAACAAUGA